AGUCGGACAUUGAAGCCCGGUUCCUGAACGACAAGCGGCUGACCUUGUCCAUUUAUCUCAUUUUGCUGCAAAAGCUGAUUCGCGUGUUGUUUUCGUUGCCGACAUGAAUGAUUUGAUCGAAUUGACGAACAAGGUCCAAACGGUCCUGUCGUCCAUUAGCUCGCACGAAACACUGGACCUACCCCAAAUCGUCGUGGUUGGAUCCCAAUCGUCGGGCAAGUCGUCGGUUCUCGAGACUAUUGUGCAGCGGGACUUUUUGCCUCGUGGCAGUGGUAUCAUUACUCGACGUCCCUUGAUUCUCCAGUUGAUAACGCUGCCGCAACCCACGGCUCUCGAAUACGGCGAGUUCCUUCAUCUGAAGGAAAAGAAAUUCUACGACUUCUCCGACAUUCGGCACGAAAUUGAGCGAGAAACCACCCGUUUAGCGGGCGAAAAUAAGGGCAUCUCUCGCAUGCCUAUCCACUUGCGCAUUUAUUCACCAAAAGUGCUCACACUGACGCUGGUGGAUCUCCCAGGAUUGACCAAGAUUCCUAUCGGUGAUCAGCCCAGUGACAUUGAAAAGCAGAUCCGCAGUCUUGUCAUGGAUUACAUUUCCAAUCCCAACAGUAUCAUUUUGGCGGUGACUCCUGCGAACAACGACAUGGCGAACUCCGAGAGCAUCAAGUUGGCGCGCCAAGUGGACCCCGAAGGUAAACGCACGGUGGGCGUGCUUACGAAAUUGGAUUUGAUGGAUGCCGGAACCAAUGCGCUGGAUGUUCUCACCGGUCGCGCUUACCCUCUAAAGUUGGGCUUCAUUGGUGUGGUGAACCGCAGCCAACAAGAUAUUCUUACAAAUAAAGCCAUGGUGGAUGCAAUCAAGGCCGAAAACGAUUUCUUUCUACAGCACCCAUCUUACCGAAAUAUCGCCCAUCGCUGCGGCACCAAAUACCUCAGCAGGCAGCUCAAUGCUAUUCUGCUUGCACACAUCAAAGAAAAGUUACCCGAGUUGCGAACCAAACUCAGUGGUUUAAUCAGCCAAACACAAAAGGAGCUAGCACAAUACGGCGACCCCACCUUUACCACUGGAGCAGUCCAUCGAGGCUCUCUUGUUUUACGGUUAUUAACAAAGUUUGCCAAUGAUUUUGUGGCGGCUAUUGAUGGUACAUCGGCCGAGAUGUCUACCAAAGAACUAUGCGGUGGUGCACGAAUCUAUUUUAUUUUUAACAACGUAUUCGGUAAUGCGUUGGAUGCUAUCCCUCCGUGUGCCAACCUCAACAACAACGACAUCCGUACUGCCAUUCGCAAUUCCACCGGACCCCGUCCAUCCCUUUUUGUUCCUGAACUCGCGUUUGAUCUGUUAGUAAGACCACAGAUCAAAUUAUUAGAAGCACCCAGUUUGCGAUGUGUUGAACUCGUGUACGAAGAACUGAUGAAAAUUUGCCACAACUCGGAGAAUAAGGAAUUGAUGCGAUACCCAAAGCUUCAAACGAAAUUGGUUGAGGUGGUUUCCGAGUUAUUGAGAGAAAGACUCGGGCCGACUUCUACCUACGUUGAGAGUCUGAUUGCCAUUGAACGCGCCUACAUCAAUACCAACCAUCCGGAUUUCUUAGGCGCAGCAGGUGCCAUGGCAAGUCUCGAAACCGAAUCCAAGAAAAAGAAGAAGAUCGAUAAGCGGCGGGUAAGCUUCCCGCGUGUAUCGCCACCAUCGAGCGUGAUCAGUGCAAGCAGUCGAGCCGAUGAAGAAGGAUCGAUGGGUAUGCCCAAUGGAGUAAUUCACAGGGAUCCUAACGCCGAUCCUUCCUCGAUGCCCAAAGACUCGUUUUUAACCUACUUCUUCGGAGGAGCGCACAAGAACGAGCGUCCUGCGUUGGGAUCUCAGGAAAUGAUGAAUAGUUCACAAUAUGCACCACCUUUCUCUGUGAACAGCGUCAUGGAAACUGAAUUGGAGCGUAAACUUGAACAGGCAUCAUUGAACAACGACGGUCACAUUGCGCAGUCGGAUCGGGAAGGGUUAGAAGCACAAUUAAUUCGCACUUUGAUUACCAGUUACUUCAACAUUGUACGAAAAAAUAUUCAAGACUUGGUGCCCAAGGCGGUCAUGCAUCUUUUGGUCAACUACUCCCGCGAGGCAGUUCAAAACCGUCUCGUGGCUACAUUAUAUAAGGAAGAGCUCUUUAAUGAGUUGCUUCAAGAAGAUGAAGCUAUGGCUUCGGAACGUGAGAAAUGCAAAUCCUUGCUAGAAGUAUACAAACAAGCAUUUGAGAUUAUCAACAACGCGCUGUAGAACAUGUCCCAAUCCAAAUACACUAUUAUACAUAUUUUUUUCUAUCUCUCUGCAUCAGCAUCUUUUUUUUCUUAUUGUUUUUUUC